AUGGCACGAAACUGGGAGAGGUUGCCGGUCCAUAGCAGUUCAUAUCCACCACUUCUAUUCAGUUACGAGCCAAGCUCUGAUGGCUAUGAGCUUUUUUUAACUGACCUGGGUCAUGUUUGGUCUGAGAGCCUAAGCCAUAAACAAAUCAUUAAUCGCGCCGUGAAAGAAGAUACCAGUAUCGAUCCCAGUCAGGAUGAGGACCAGUAUUCUGUACUGUUACAGAAAAUUAAUGAUGCGCUGCACGGGUCUAAAGAGACAUCGUUAUGUCUUUCUGGCCACAGCACCGGAUCGAGUUUAAAACUGUCGACCACUACGAAGUUACCAAAACCCUUAGAGCCUUUAAAAUGGACGUUGAACUUAUCCAAAUGUUCUCCAUCUGCAUUAACACGACAUAUGCUAGUGCCAACGUUGCAAAGCUGGCUGGGCCUUGAAGAUAGUCAGCAAUCUCUUUGUGAACUAUUAGAGGAGAAAGAUAAGAUAAUUGGAAAGCUUUUCGACAAAAUAGAGUCCUCGGGACUUGAUUUGAGUACGGUUUUUCCUGGGAUGGCGAAUAUACGACAAGGCCAAAAGAGAGGCUCCCUUUUUUCACACGCUUCCAGAUUGGUGAAAGGACUGAGCCCAUUUGACAAAAGUUCUUGGGAGGCUGUACAUUAUCGCAGAGUUUCGGAGAAAUUUGGUUCAAAUUCAAUUCGGAAACACUUGUACGAUGAUGAUCUGUUUGACGUACGGAAUAUGGAACUCAUAGAAAGCGAAUGGUGGAAUCGCCCUAUAUCAUCCCGUGGCUCCAACCACACUGGGAAAGAAGUUCCACACGAUAUUAAGAGACAGCCAAAAAACAAUGAGAAUGAAAGCGAUGAUGAAUUUCAAAGGCAAGAAACGCCCCCACGGCUCAAAGGAACCAGUAUAAAGCCCUCAUCGACCAUUACCGGUCAUCCUUCUUCGACACAACACGGGAACAAACAUAAGAGAUCUUCCCAGGAAUCCGGGAGCCUAAAAGAUACAGGUUCAAUGGAAAACAUGAAGACAGAAACACCGUCAAUCAUUGAUUACAGUAACCCCGAACCAACCCCACGUCAGGAAAUUAAACCGAAGGCUCUUGGUAAUAUUGGUGGGAAGAAGCCCAAGUCAUUAACAAGGCAACAAGGGCUUGAUCCUGCCACGUUGGACGCAGAUAAGGCCGUUAACAAACCCACAGAGUCUAGCAUGGAAGAUCAGGCCACCCCACUAGCAACAGAAAGUGGUGAGAGUGAUGACAACGAUGACGAUGUCAAUGAUAAAAGAGUUAGUAGAACCACGAGGCAAGCUUUACACCAACAAAAUCACAGUGGCUCUCAAAGGACCAAUACAACAACCCAGAUAGCUCAGCGGGAAAGCCAGGCUGCUCUGCGUACACGCAGUGGGCUCGGAAGAAUCGGUGGGAAGAAACAAAAAGAACCAUUAGACCUCAAUCCGGGUGGGGAAGAAGCUGCCUCUGCAGCAAGCUCUAGGGACAAGACGGAUAGCCCUGAAGCAGGGGAAGAAGACGGGGGCCGCUACAACAUUACGAGCAAACAAGAGGAACCCGACUUGUCACAUGGACAUAAGGAGCAAUCAACGACAUCCUCUAAGUCAUGCAAACGGAGCGGUAAACUUGGCACCAUUGGUGGAGUGAAAGCUUCUCACAAGUCGGCCAUGACCAAUGUCCAAGGAAGGAAUGCCUCUAACACCGAAAUUUCACAAGAUAGUGAAGAUGGUGGUCAUCAUGACACUAACAAGUUGAUUGGUAAAGAAGGAGAUCCUACAAAUCCAUCACUUUCGUUGCCGUCUAUGUCUAGUACUACGGGUGAACCGAAAGCAGAGAGCAAUCAAGUUAAAGAGGAGUCUCCGGAGGAGAGGGCAGAUAGGAAACGACAGGAACUACGACGCCAGCUUGAGACAGCCGAUAAGGGCCAAAGCAAACCGGCAAAGAAGAAACGAAGGUUUUAG